AUGCAGUGGCUGGAGGAAGACCUGCCAAAGGCACCACCACGCAGGGACGAGUUGGGAGUCAUCUCCACAGUGAACCCCUUGAGCGAACUCCUGGCUUCACGUUGGGACGUGCUGGGCCUCUUCCAUUCGCUUCAGGUAGUGCUCCGGCGAAGUGUGGAUCGACACCCACAUCUUCCUCUGCCUUGGCUGAUCGCAGAGGGAGCACCGGGGUGGGAGUUGCUGGCCGACACCCACAGCCUGCGUGGCAGCUUCGUCCGAUACCUGUUGGGCAAUCUGCGUAGCGAAUUCUGGGGCGGAGGACGAGGAGUCGAGCACCUCGUGCGCCGUGUGCUGCGUGCAGGCCGCUGCCAGAAUCCAAGCGAGCUACGCGUCUUUGUGGAUGUCGGGGCUUUGUGCCAUGAGCACGAGUGUCUCAGCAAGAUUCUUCUUGCAGAAGCUGCGAAGAAGUGCAGAGGAGGCCGCACCGGGCGCAUCCUCGUUGAUGCACUGGAGCCAAAUGCCAGGAACUUUCGGUCCACGCAGGCCCAGUUGCUUGGGCUUCCCCGGCGCUGGCGCCGGCGGCUGCGCUUUCGGAGGGCCGCUGCCGGCAACACCACGCUGCAGGCCACCCUGUAUGGAGCAGGGGCGAAGGCCUCGCUCAAGGCUGCAGCUUAUGGCGGGCUGUCCUGGUCCUGGAAGCGGGACAGGGUGAUGUCCUCGGCGGACACGCACGAGGAGCAGGUGCCCGUGAUCCGCCUCGACUCCUGGGUGGGAGCGCGCUUGGGCGAGGGGCGCAUCGAGGUUUUGAAGAUCGACGUCGAGGGCAGUGAGUGGGAGGUGCUGCAGGGAGCAGGGGCCCUCCUCGCUGGGGGUCACGUCCUCUGCGUGGUCUUGGAGUACUCCCACUUCUGGUCUCAGAUGACGUUGAAGGGCCUGGCCCGGUGGAUGCUGGAGAAGGGUUACGACGGAUACCUUGUGGGCAGCCCACACUUGGUCCCUGUCAGUGGUGCUGGGCUGGAGUGGUGGCAUGACCUCUACGAGGUGUGUGCCCGGCCUGACUCCCGUAUCUACCGCGGCCUUGCAGGCUGGUGCUGGCUGAAUGUGGCCUUCGUCCUGCGAGGCUCCUGGUUGGGAACGCUGGCAGCCCAGUGGCUCCCGCAGGAUCGAGAGGAUUCCUGCAGCGACACCGAGGACGAGAUCAGCCCAUGGAGCCUCUGGUGUGAAGAAGCGGAGCAGGUCACCCUGUGCAUUUUGUGCAUUUUGGAGUUCGGGGUGGCCGUCUGCCGUGUUCGAUGA